CGCAUUCACACUGGAGAGAAACCAUAUGUAUGUCAGCAAUGUGGUAAAGGAUUCACUAGUUCUGGAUAUUGUAAGCGACAUGUACGCAUCCACAUGGGAGAGAAACCAUAUGUAUGUAAGCAAUGUGGGAAAGCUUUUAACACUUGGGGAGACUGUAAGAAACAUGAAAGAAUUCACACGGGAGAGAAACCCUAUGUGUGUCAGCAAUGUGGGAAAGCUUUUAACACACGUACAAAUUGUAAGGUUCAUGAAAGAAUUCACACUGGAGAGAAACCAUAUGUGUGUAAGCAAUGUGGGAAAGCUUUUACCAGACAUGCAAAUUGUAAGGAACAUGAAAGAAUUCACACAGAAGAGAAACCAUAUGUGUGUAAGAAAUGUGGGAAAGCUUUUAAAACAUGUGCAUAUUUUAAGGUUCAUGAAAGAAUUCACACUGGAGAGAAACCAUAUGUGUGUAAGCAAUGUGGGAAAGCUUUUACCAGACAUGCAAAUUGUAAGAAACAUGAAAGAAUUCACACAAAAGAGAAACCAUAUGUGUGUAAGAAAUGUGGGAAAGCUUUUAAAACAUGUGCAUAUUUUAAGGUUCAUGAAAGAAUUCACUAUGGAGAGAAACCAUAUGUAUGUGAGCAAUGUGGGAAAGCAUUUACCAGACAUGCAAGCUGUAAGGAACAUGAAAGAAUUCAUACAGGUGAGAAACCAUAUGUGUGUAAGCAAUGUGGGAAAGCUUUUAAAACACGUGCAUAUUUUAAGGUUCAUGAAAGAAUUCACACUGGAGAGAAACCAUAUGGAUGUAAGCAGUGUGGGAACGCUUUUAGCACAUGGGGAAAUUGUAAGAAACAUGAAAGAAUUCACACUGGAGAGAAACUCUAUGUAUGUAAGUAAUGUGGGAAAGCUUUUAAAAUGCAGUGAGAUUGUAAGAAACAUGAAAGAAUUGACACUGGAGAGAAACUCUAUUUAUGUAAGCAAUGUGGGAAAGACUUUACCAAUUCUGGACAUUGUAAGCAACGUGAAAGAAUUCACACUGGAGAGAAACCAUAUGUAUGUAAGCAAUGUGGGAAAGUUAUUACCCAUCAUGGGCAUUGUAAGCAACAUGAAAGUUCACACUCAACAUAAAACCAGUGUAUGUAAGAAUCAUGAGAAUGGUUUGAGCACACGUAUAUAUUGCAUAAUGUAUGAAAAUCUUCACACUGGGCAGAAAACUUAUAUAUGUUAGGAAUGUGCGGAAGGUUUCAGCAGAAAUGCUCAUUGUCCAAUACAUUAUAAAAUUUAGACUGUUGAGAAACCCUGUGUAUGUGAAGAAUGUGGGAAAGCUUUCACCAAACAUGGAUAUUGUAAAAUACAUCCAUGACUUCACACUGGUGGAAAACCCUAUGUAUAUAACAGUGUGGCAAAGCUUUUACCACAUACAGUCAUUGCAAAACACAUGAAAGAAUUCAACUGGGUACUUCCGGGAGAACAUGGCGGACAGAUAACAGCUACUACGGAGGCUCUCUGAAAGUCUCGGCUCAGAAGUCAGGAAGGGUGCGGAGUAAGGAGACAUAAGCAGGUGGAGAUAUACUCUGCUGACUCAGGAAUGAACUGGGCUGAGAGAAACCAACUUGGAAUGCAGUCCUGGUGCUAAAACAGGAACAGAAAAGUGUGGAGGCUGGAGCCCUUGCCAUUGGAAGCCACGAUUUGGGUUUCCUGCCACGCGGUGACUGUCUCUACAUCAGCUCAGCAAGGAGGGAGACGCACAGAGGCUAUGAGAAUGGGAAUCUGCGAACAGAGUCGAAAACAGGAUGGGCAGGGAGGCGUGCACUGACUUGUGAGGUGAGUGAGAGAAACUGACACUCUACCACAGUUUGACUCCAAUGGAGGACAUUCUGGGCCCGAGUAGUCCUGCAUGAGCAGGGCACGGUGGUGACUUCAGCCAUACAUCCCCCUCUCAGGCAGGAUUGCUGAAAAGUGCCUGUCCUGUGUGGUGCUGCUGGCGGACCCAGUAGGCUGGCCCGAUCCAAAUCCCAGAGCCUGAUGGUGGCCGGGAGGGGCAGGCCCCACAUAGGAUGCCUGGUCUGGAACAUCCUGGUGUGCUGCGGUGGGUGAGAACACCUAACCGGCGAAUUCGAUCAGGCUGUGGCUGACGGAGAGAAGCUGGGCCUCUUAUAUAAGCUUGCAUAUAUAAGGAACAGAGAAUAUGGGAAGAGGCAGCAACAAGAAAGUCUCCUUGGCCCCCAAUUCGGAGAAACAGGUAAUAGCGGACACCGCACCAAUAGACAUAAAGCGCCAUAUAGAGAGCCUCAUAGAUCAGUUCAGGAAUGAAGUUUUCAUUGAACUGAAGCUAGAAGUAUGCAGAAUAGUUAGAGAAAUGCUAAGCAUCACCCAAGAAAAAACAGAUGUUGGAAUGGAAGAACAGAAAAAGAGGGGAGAAUUGUUUGAUGGAGAAAACAGGGAAAGCAUAGAAUACGUGAAGCAGGUUCAAAGAGACUACCAAGAAGCUAAGAAGUCUAUCGAUAACUGGUAUAACAGCUUGAA